CCACAAGAGGAAGAUGAAGACGUCAGUGAAGAGCAAGGUGGUACCGAGUUCUUUGUAGACGACAAACCAUCAAAAAAUAAACAGAACGACGCUGAGCCGAACGAAGUCCACGCUGAAAUUGAAAAGGUCGCCGUGAAGAGCUCCGAGGUGAAAACGUCCACGGAGCACGAGAAUGAAGAGGAAGAUGAAGAAGAGGACGAAGACAACGCUGAAAAUGCCACCGAGGACGAGGAGAAGACUAAAGAGACCGCGAACAUGAGCACGAAGAGGAAUCAAAUGAGAAGGACGACCAAAACGCCGACGACAGCGGACCUCUCAUUUACUGAACGAAUCGUCAAGGACAAAGGCAUGUUGGCACGUUGGGUAUUCGGCAUAACGAUCGCCGUAUGCCUGGUGUUCAUACUUUGCGUAUGUACAUUCCGUAGGCGAUGUUGUAGACAGAAGGACAACAGCAAAACCCUAGCCGGUCAUCGCUACAGCAGUGUCAACAAUCAACCAUUAGUGAUUCCACCCGAAAAAGAGAGACUUCAUCAAUAA